GCGGCGCGGCGCCGCUUCCGGUGCCCAGCGCGGCAGCGAAUGACUUCCCCCUCGGAGGGGCCGGGCCCGGGCUUGCUGCGACCCCCCGGAGCCCGCGAUCGCGCGGCGCACUCUGGCGCGCCCGCCCGCGGCCGGGUCCCGCCCGCGCUGGGGACCAUGGCCACCGACUCAUGGGCCCUGGCGGUGGACGAGCAGGAAGCGGCGGCCGAGUCGGUCUUUAAUCUGAUUCAACUGGACGAGGCACCCUACGUUUGGAACACAGUUCAUUUUAGGAGAUGGAGAAGGAUGAGAUUUACCUUCAACCUCAUUCUAGGGAUUCCUUCCUCCUCCUCUUGUUUGAGCAACUUGCAUCUUAAGGAAGAGAAAAUCAAACCAGAUGUCAAUGGUGCUGUUGUCAAGACCAAUGCUAAUGCAGAGAAAACAGAUGAAGAAGAGAAAGAGGAUAGAGCUGCCCAGUCUUUACUCAACAAACUGAUCCGAAGCAACCUUGUGGAUAACACUAACCAAGUGGAAGUCCUGCAGCGGGAUCCCAACUCCCCGCUCUACUCAGUGAAGUCUUUUGAAGAGCUUCGACUGAAACCACAGCUUCUCCAAGGAGUCUAUGCCAUGGGUUUCAACCGUCCAUCAAAAAUUCAAGAGAACGCAUUGCCUUUGAUGCUUGCUGAACCCCCACAGAACUUAAUUGCCCAGUCUCAGUCUGGUACUGGUAAAACAGCUGCCUUUGUGUUGGCUAUGCUCAGCCAAGUAGAACCUGCAAACAGAUACCCCCAGUGUCUGUGCCUCUCUCCUACGUAUGAACUCGCUCUUCAAACAGGAAAAGUGAUUGAACAGAUGGGCAAAUUUUACCCUGAACUGAGGCUAGCUUAUGCUGUUCGAGGCAAUAAAUUGGAAAGAGGUCAGAAGAUCAGUGAGCAGAUUGUUAUUGGUACCCCUGGGACCGUCCUGGACUGGUGCUCCAAGCUCAGGUUCAUUGAUCCCAAGAGGAUCAAGGUGUUUGUUCUGGAUGAGGCUGAUGUGAUGAUAGCCACUCAGGGCCACCAAGACCAGAGCAUCCGUAUCCAGAGGAUGCUGCCCAAGAACUGCCAGAUGUUGCUUUUCUCUGCCACCUUUGAAGACUCUGUGUGGAAAUUUGCCCAGAAAGUGGUCCCAGACCCUAAUGUUAUCAAACUGAAGCGUGAAGAGGAGACGUUGGACACCAUCAAGCAGUACUACGUCCUGUGCAAUAACAGAGACGAGAAGUUCCAGGCCUUGUGCAACCUGUAUGGGGCCAUCACCAUCGCUCAAGCCAUGAUCUUCUGUCACACCCGCAAAACAGCUAGUUGGUUGGCAGCAGAGCUCUCAAAAGAAGGCCACCAGGUGGCUCUGCUGAGUGGAGAAAUGAUGGUGGAGCAGAGGGCUGCUGUGAUCGAGCGCUUCCGAGAGGGCAAAGAGAAGGUUCUGGUGACCACCAACGUGUGUGCUCGUGGUAUCGAUGUUGAACAAGUGUCUGUCGUCAUCAACUUUGAUCUUCCUGUGGACAAGGACGGGAACCCGGACAACGAGACCUACUUGCACCGGAUUGGGCGCACUGGCCGCUUUGGCAAGAGGGGCCUGGCCGUGAACAUGGUCGACAGCAAGCACAGCAUGAACAUCCUGAACAGAAUCCAGGAGCAUUUUAAUAAGAAGAUAGAAAGAUUGGACACGGAUGAUUUGGAUGAGAUUGAGAAAAUAGCCAACUGAGAAGCUCUACCAGCCACUGGUGCCCGCCCAUGGGCUGCCCCUGCCCAGGAGAUGAGUGCUUUCAUGGCAGAGGCCUCAACUGUCACCACAAAGACAAAGGCAUGAGGAGAGAAGCUACCUACCUCACUUUAAAUUACGUUUGGACUGGACAAAAAUUUGUGCAAAUAAUGAGGGAUGGUAGAAAAUUUGUUUACACCACUGUGGAAGAUUAGGCGUGAAUACACAGAAAUUUACCUUUUGGAAAUUCCGUCAGUUUUUUGGCCAGCGUUUCUCUCAUCAUUACCCUAAUCUAGAUAUUGUGGCUAAUUACUUAUCCAAGAUCCCCUGCAGAAAUUCCUGCCUGUUCUGUGGCUUGGAGUUUGGGGGCCAGCCUCCAGCCCUUGUGGAAAUGACAGAAUAGACGUGAAGAGGGAUUACAGAGGGAGAGGACUCCCACAGUAGAUAGGUCUUAUGCUUUGCCAUGGUGUCUGGAGGCCACCAUGAGGCGGCAGAGGAGAAUUAUGAGCUGCUGCUUUGGACUGACUUGGUGUCGAAUAGCUCAUCUGCAUUUUGUCCUAAUGCCCACAUUAGGAAGGUUUUUGCUGUGAUGGACAAAAAUGCCAGCCUCUGGGCCUUUGUAUGCAGGCUUGUGUCUCAGGACCAUCACCAGCUCUUUUCAGCAGGUUUGAUCUGUGUAUAGUGUACAUUGGAUUAUUGGUGAGUCCUUUGCUUGUGCUUGGGCAAGUCUGUGGAGAAGUCACCGUGGAGAAAUGGUGGUAGAGCUAGCUUGCCACAAAACUUGGUUUCACUGGCACUUGCAGCAUAUUUUUUGCAUUCCCUUGAUUCUUAGCCCAAGCAAAUAAAAGGUGGUCUGGGGUUUGAAUCCUCAGUGAAAAUUGUGGUUUCAGGUUUCUAAUGGCCAGCCUCAAGGCAGCUUCAGCAAUAGUCACAAAUUCUUUCUUUGCCUCCGGAUCCGGAAGACAAGUUUGGUCUGGGGAAUGAUUACAGAUAUUUGGCAUCUUGAUUGUAAAGAGGUUCUGAACAUCUGUGUUCACAGUGCCUGGAAUACACAAGCAGGUGCAACUGAGGGACUAGAUGGACUACAGCCUUUCAUCUGUCCAAGGCACAAGUAACUGUCAAGGCCUUUGCUCCAUCCUUACCUGGCAUCUGUGUGUAGAACAGUUAGAGCAAAGAAUAGGAGUGGACACUCCCUCACACCUUGCCAAGGCUGUUGGUAUCCAGAGUGACAGAGCAAAGAUGAGAGGAAACUCAGUUGCAAGAGCAGUCUGAGACCCCCAACCAAAAGGAGUCCUCUUCAGCUCUUUGGCCUUGAUAUGGAAUGUACUUUAUCUAGGACCUGGAAGAGGAAUUUUUCAAUUGUUAUUAUUAUUUUCUAUGUGGUUCUGGGGAUCAAACCCAAGGCCUUGCACAUGCUAGGCAAGCAUUCAACCAUGAGCUGUACCUCUGGCCUUGGUAGAAGACUUUUAUGUGAUUAGAAUGAUUCUAAUCCCAGAUUUUCUUUGAAGCAUCUGUUUUAAGGCCAGGUCUGUCACCUGGAGAGGGAAGGGGCCCAAUAUCAGCCUCCUGGUGCUUUCCUUAAUCUGACAUUAUGGAGAGACUGACAGACUGCCAAUUCUGACACAUUCCCCAGUGGGUACUUUACGGUGUAGUUUUCUCUGUGCUUCUGGUCAACGUUGACCUGUCUUAGGAGUCUUGUAAGAAGAAAAGAAAUGUUAUAGUCCCCUGAAGUCUUGUGGACCAACUUUGAAAUAACUAAAAACAAGGACAAUAAUUAAAGAAAUAGACUCCUCACUAGGCUGCAGGCCGACUCCACUCCUCACAAUAGGUACGAUUCAUCUACUAUUGCAGCCCCAAGUCUGAGAAGGAAAAUGGGAAGUGGUAUGCAACUGACUCUUCAAUAGUAGGACUAAAUGGGUUUCUGGUGGAAGUAUAGAUAAUAGUUCUUAACCGGGGGUCUUAGACCUCUGAGAAUUCACUGGAUGGGUUUCAUGGAGUCUAUGAAAUAUAUGCAUUAGUUUCAGUUUAAAUGCAUUUUACUCGGGAGACUACUGAAAGAUUAUGCAUCUUUUAAAAAGUCAAGACACCCACUACUGUGGAUGGUUCUGGAAUAUCACCCCAGUGUCACUGGGCCAUGUCCCUUCACAGUCCAUAUUCAUUUCCUGCCAGUGCCUGUCUCCAGGGCUCAGUGGUCCACAGCUGCUUCCAUGACCUUGUGCAGCCUGGAGACCUCAGUGAUGUAAGUGUAUGGAAAUUAGAGAAUUUUGGUCCCCAGAGAUUCUUUUACUGAUUUUAUUUAUGGAAUGAUAAACUGUGCCCUAAAAGAGAAACUCAGGAAAAGAAAAUUUUGGUCCAGUAGAAAAUUCUGGAUGUUCAUUAUCCAUAAACAAUGGAUUUUAUUAGGAUCUUUUGUAUCAUACAUUAGCUGUAUGCAUAAGAACAAAUCAUUUGAUGUAUCUUUAUUGAUGUUAAGUAAGACAUGUUCUCAUUCAUGAAUAUGCAAAGGAAACAGCAGUAUGUUUUUGGUUGCUGAUAUUAGUUAUAAGUGAAGACUCACAUGUUUCUUAGGCGAGUUAUGACCUGGUUUUGUGGACUUGGAGAUAGUUUUUCUCUGUCGUUUACAUCUCGUUUCUUAUUUAACAUGUAGAAUAUUCCAUAUAAAGUAUCAGUGGUGACCUGAAGGUAAAGAUUUCUGAUAGAAAGUUUUGUGAAGGAAUGGAGUUUGCAAAUAAGAGAAAAGCAAGAUUCCAAGUAAUAAGAAGAGCACCCUAGGCAGGGGAAGGGAAUAUUAAGACUAAAGCAAAUUCACCAGGAUGAUGGAAGUAUACUGGAGGGGUAGGGAGACAAGCAGCAGCCUGGCUCUGUGGGUAGAGAAAAGUUUCUUUAGAUAGAAAAUGAAGAUCUGAUUGUUUAAACAGUGUCUUGGUCCAUUUGUGCUACUAAAAUGAAAUACCUGAGGCUAGGUAACUUAUAAAGAACAGAAAUUUAUUUCUCACAGUUCUGGAGGCUGGAAAAUCCAAGAUCAAAGUGCCAGCAGGGGGCUGGGGAUAUGGCUCAGUUGGUAGAGUGCCUGCCUUGCAAGCACAAGACCCUGGGUUCAAUCCCCAGCACCACAAAAAAAAAAAAAAAAAAAAAAAAAAAAAAGUGCCAGCAAGGCUGAUGUCUGAUGAGGACUGCUCUCUGCACCCAGGAUGGUACUUUUGUUGGUGCUCUUGAGGGAAGGACACUAUGUCCUCACAUGGUAGAAAGUAUGGAAGGGCAAGCAGGUGCUCACUUUAGCCUUGAGCUCUUUUAUAAGGAUGCUUCAACCCUCCACAAGGUCACACCCACCUGCCCUCCUCUAUUGGGAUUGAACCCAGGACACUUUACUACUGAACUACAUCUCCAGCCGUUUUUAUUUUUUGAGAUAGGGUCUUGCUAAAUUUAGAGGCUGACCUCAAAUUUAGAAUCCUCCUGCCUUAGUCUCCCGAGGGACUAGGAUUACAGAUGUGCACCACUGUCCCCCUCAAGGUCACAACCUCUUAAUACUGUCUUAUUUGGAGAUUAUUUCAACAUGAGUUUUGGAGAAGACACCAUCAUUUAAACCAGAGCAAAUGGUGUUUGAAUUUAGUGGCAAAUUUCAUAGAUUAUUAAAGUAUAAAAGGGAAGCGAUGAAAUUGUUUUUUGGGAGGAAUUUUUCUAGCAAAAAUACACAGGAUAUUGAAUAUAUUGGAGGUAGAAAAUGCUGACAGCUAAGCCAGAUUUCACCGUGUCUGUCCCAUCACACACCCAGUGCCGAGAUGUCACUGGCUGUGGGGAAAUGGAGGAAGAAUGGUAGACCUUAACACCUUGUUAUUCUAAGAAGGAUCUGUGGUUCGUAAAAAUUCACUGCACAAAAUAAUCUGAAGAAACCCACAACAAGGUGUGGAAAGAACAGCUCACAUUAGAAUUGAGUCCCUGGUGGUGUGUGAUGCCAGGCCUGCCACCUUUGCAAGAAGGGCUGAUUCCUCCUUCACCAGCCACCCAGUGUGAUGUAGAUUUCAGGGCCCUCCAGUUCUCUUGGUCCUGGACGCAGACACCAGGUGCUUGGGAACCUCUUGCAGUUUUACAUUGCUUUGCUUUUUUGCCUGAGAAUAAAUAUUCCUUAUUCUGUUGUCUGA